GUCGUGGCAGAGAGCGUUUGAAGAUCACUCAUCAGAGCGCAGGGGCCCGGGGACGGACACAAGAGUCAGAGGCAAAGAGAAGGCGAAAAAUGCUCGUAUGUGGCGAGCGGAGCUGAAAUCUGUGCGCAGCUGGAUAAAACAAAACACAAAAAAAAAGAGAGAGCAAAGUGGGGUCCGGAUGAAGCUUGAAAUAACAGGAAUAUGACACGCUGGGUGUUUUCUCGCAAAUGGAUUACCAAAGGAAUAUGACAUUCAGUCGGACUGCCCCGUUCAUGCGUGAAUUCGGAUACUUAAGGUAACAUCUCCACCAGUGUGAAACAGGAAGUGUCGUCUGUGAGCAGCCAUGGGCCAGAGAGCUGCGCUUCUGCUCAGUGAGCUGCUGCUGCUGCUGCUGACAGCCUCACGCACUCUCCUUGCAGUCAGCUUCCCCGAGGACAUCAUACCCCUCGAUGUCGUUGACGCACACUUUGCGCGCAGGUACCCAGUGUUCAGAGGCAGGCCCUCUGGCAACGAGUCACAGCAUCGCCUUGACUUUCAGCUGAUGACCAAGAUACAGGACACUCUGUUCAUCGCUGGCAGAGAUCAGGUGUACCUUGUCAGUCUGAGAGAAUCCUACAGGAAUGAGAUCAUUCCUUACCGGAAGCUAACAUGGCGAUCGGGCCAAGCUGACAGAGAGAUGUGUGCCGUCAAGGGAAAACACAGAGACGAGUGCCACAACUUUAUCAAAGUGCUGGUUCCCAGAAACGACGACCUGGUGUUCAUCUGUGGCACCAAUGGCUUUAACCCCAUGUGCAGAUACUACAGGCUGGAUAACCUGGAGUUUGAUGGGGAAGAGAUCAAUGGACUGGCACGGUGCCCAUUUGACUCCAAGCAAACCAACGUUGCCCUUUUCGCUGAAGGGAAGCUGUACUCUGCAACCGUAGCUGACUUCCAGGCCAGUGAUUCUGUCAUCUAUCGCAGUAUGGGUGAUGGAUCAGCCUUGAGAACCAUCAAAUAUGACUCCAAAUGGCUGAAAGAACCUCAUUUCCUGCACGCAGCAGAGUACGGGAAUUAUGUGUACUUUUUCUACCGAGAGAUUGCAGUGGAGCACAGCAAUCUGGGGAAGGUUGUGUAUUCUCGCGUGGCCCGAAUCUGUAAAAAUGACGUCGGCGGGUCACAGCGUGUGCUGGAGAAGCACUGGACGUCUUUCGUGAAGGCGAGGCUGAACUGCUCUGUGCCAGGGGAGUCCUUCUUCUACUUCGACGUGCUUCAGUCCAUCACCGACAUCAUCGACAUCAACGGAGUUCCCUCGGUGGUGGGCGUGUUCACCACGCAGAUGAACAGCAUCCCGGGGUCAGCAGUGUGUGCCUUCUCCAUGGCCGACAUUGAGAAAGUAUUCUGGGGUCGGUUCAAAGAGCAGAAGACUCCUGACUCGGUGUGGACUCCGUUUCCAGAGGAGAAGCUGCCCAAACCUCGACCCGGGUGCUGUGCAGGUCACGGUCCAGCUGCGUCCUUUAAGAGCUCCGUCGAGUUUCCGGACGACACCCUGCAGUUCAUCAAGUCGCACCCCCUCAUGGACACAGCUGUGCCUUCUAUCGGGGACGAGCCUUGGUUCACCAAGACACGAGUCAGGUACAGGCUGACAGCGCUGGCUGUGGACAACGAAGCAGGACCCCACAAGAACUACACAGUGGUGUUCAUCGGGGCUGAGUCGGGGAUUGUCCUCAAGGUUUUAGCCAAGACCUCCUCUGUGUCCCUGAAUGACAGCCUGCUUCUGGAGGAGAUAGACAUCUUCAACAGGGCCAAGUGCCUGUCUAACCGCGAGGAUGACAAGCGUGUCCUGUCCCUGCACGUGGACAAAGACACACACAGCCUUUAUGUCGCCUUUUCAAGCUGUGUCAUCCGUGUUCCCCUGAGUCGCUGCGAAAGAUAUUCUUCCUGCCACAAGUCCUGCAUUGCAUCAAGGGAUCCUUAUUGUGGCUGGAAGCCUCACGCAGCCUGUGAGAGGAUACAGCCUGGUGUUUUGGCUGGAUACGAGCAGGAUGUUGAAUUUGGAAACACUGCCCACCUCGGAGACUGCCAAGCGUUUUUGGGCACUACUUCAGCGCCAGAUUACAAAUCAUUUGGCGACCCUACCUCUGACAUGGAGUUUUCAUCAGCGCCAGUCACUGUCCAGCCCAGUGGGCCCAUACACCCCCCAGUACUCAUACCCACUCAGAACCCCAGCUCUGGGCCUGGUCCAGAGCUCUACGGCUCAGGCUUUGUGCUGCAGGAUGACCCAGCCACCUCCCAUUCUUUAGACUCAAUCCCAGGGGGCCAAGAGGGUGUGUGGGAUAUCCAAGCAGGUGAGACCAACCAGAUGGUCCACAUGAACAUCCUCAUCACCUGUGUGUUUGCCGCUUUCCUCAUGGGUGCCCUCCUGGCUGGUCUGAUUGUUUUCUGCUACCGCGACUCAUUCCUUCGUAAACCAAGACAUGUUCACAAGGAUGCAGAGUCGGCACCAUCCUGCUCCGACUCCACUGGAAGCUUUGUCAAGCUCAAUGGCCUCUUUGACAGCCCUGUAAAGGAGUACCAGACCAACAUUGAUUCUCCCAAGCUGUACACCAAUCUGCUGAGCAAUGGCAAAGACCUGAAUACACCCAACGGUGACACCAAGACGAUGAUCCUGCGGGACGGCUGUCAGCCCCCUGAGCUAGCUGCUCUGCCCACACCGGAGUCCACCCCUGUGCUUCAGCAGAAAGGCCUGCAGCCCAUCAAAAACCAGUGGGAGAGGGCCCACGGGAAGGCCAGUGGACCCCGCAAGGAGUCCAACUCAUCAGCCAAGAGUCCUCAGUUCCUUCCUUCUUCUCCUGCUCCUGUGAACUCCAACCCCCACCACCCUCACCUUGCCCUGGGACACUCCCACAUCCCCAGUGCGGUUGUCUUGCCCAACGCCACACACGACCACCCUAACCUUGAAAAUGGAGAUGACACACUGCCACAUUCAUCUGAAAAGAAACUUAAGACUCCAGAUUCUAAGGGAAGUAGAAAAGAGCAGAAGAGGUCUGUGGAUGCCAGAAAUACCCUAAAUGACCUUUUAAAACACCUCAAUGACUCUGUGGCCAACCCCAAGGCCAUUCUUCAGGAGGGAUCGGGCCCCCGCCCGAGGCAGCAUCUCACACUGGAGCCCAUGGAGGAACUGACUGAAUUACCCCCGAAGGUGCCCAGUCGUGAGGCCUCCUUGUAUUCUCCCUCCUCCUCCCUACCAAGGCACAGCCCCACCAAGAGGGUUGAUGUGCCCAUGCCCACCACUCCCACGACACCAACGGGAAGCCUGAGCAUGGGGGGCACCCUAGAGAGGCAAAGAGGGGGGUACCAACUCCACCGGAGUGCCUCUCACAGGCAUUCCUUAUCCACCUCACCAAAUGGGGUAACUAUGGGGGUGUCUGUGUCUCGCCAACACAGUAUGAACAGAGGGGGUUACAUGCCCCCAACACCCCCCUCCAGACUUGACUCCCAUGGCGGAGUGAUGGCAUCAGGAAUGCACUCACCCCACCCGUCCUCUGUAUCCCGACAGAGCAACUACAGUGGGCACGGCUCACUCCCUCGCACAGGGCUCAAACGGACCCCAUCGAUAAAGCCAGAUGUGCCCCCUAAACCCAAUGGGUUUUCACCACAGACUCCACAGAUGCGAGUGGUCAACAAGUACAGUUAUUAAGAGACAAUGGACACUUCUGAGUGAGCGCUCAGCCUUGACCGUAGAGCUUUGAGCCCUGAGGGCUUGGGGUGGGGUAUGAUGGGGUAAGGCCUAGUGUGUGUUUGUGUAUCAACUUGAGGUGUGUUCCCCCUUUAAACGAUAUGCACAUUCACUCACACUAAAAAGGGAAAAUCACAUGUACGGCCAAAGAUACUCAUUGGGGCUUCUUGGCUCCCUACAACCCCAUCUCCCUCCCUUGUCACAGUAGCCACAGGAUAUAAACAGUGGACAGUGGUCAGUCUGCUGCUCCCCAUUGUAUCUGGGCUUGGGUGUCAAUCGUUCCUAUACUAGGUACGAGGUUCAGGACACCAGCAGGGGCCGCUGCGGCGUAUGUGCAUGUGGUACCAGGUCAAAAACAGUGGAAUACUUGAAGAAUGGGUCUCAUUUGUCACUGCCCUUGAGCACUGUCGUCCCACUAAUGUGAACUAAACAAAGAGGAGAGGUAGGCCAUGCCUUUGGUAGUAAGAUGGCAGAGGGCAGAGGAGAGGAAAAUCAAUAAUCAUAGCGUGUGUGUGUUGCUUAAGAAACAAAUGACCGCGAAUAGCUGAAUUAAGCAGCAAGCGAACAGAAAAAGAGUGCAAAUGAAUGUGUGCGUGUGUGUUGGUUGACUGGAAAGCAGAUUUGUGCAAAGCCAGCACACAUAUUAGGCAUUCACGCUUGGUAAUCGAGGUUGGUGCCACUUGCCAGAGGAUGCACCUUAAAACCUGUUUAAGACCUAAGACACUGUCCUUCAUUUCAACAAUAUUAUCUCUUCUUUAGGCUUGUUGGAAUCCCUCUGAACCGAGCCUGAACAGUAUUUUUGUGUCACUCUGUAACGUUUCUGGUAAUUAGGCUCGGUUGCGGUGAAGUUGGUCUUGCUGGGUGUAUACUGAAACUCACUGGGAAUUUUUACUUUGUACAUUUGCUGCUAUUGGUUUUAGACAUUGGUGUUUGUCUUUGAUGCAUUUUUUUCUGAACCAGGCUUGGAUAGCCUCUGAUAUGAGUGUGCACAUCUGCUUGUGUGAGUGAGAGUGUGUGUUAUAUUGCAGACAGGGGCCAAGAAGUACAGUUUUAAGCAACCAAAUGCACUGUUAAAGCUGAUACAUGGGAUGAAACGUGUCUCUCCUGGACUGAAACUUCCCCUAACCUCCACUGCCCCCUUUGUAAGAAUUAUACUGGUGGUUCAAGAGUCAUCUGUCUUUAUGUAGCAAUGGUAUUAAGAAAAAAAAUGCAUUUCUCAUCUCAUUCUAUAAAUGAAUUUUAAACAGAAUGAUUUGCUUUUAUAAUGUUUUACAGUUUUAUUUAAAGAAUUUACCAUAUGAAACUAAAGCAACACCAAUGGUUUAGCCCAAGUGUAUGAAUCCAACAUUCAGGGCACUGCUAUCCUGUUAAACUUGUGUGUCCCCUAAUAGCAGAACAUUAGAGUUUCUCUCCUACAUUAAUCCUAUUAAAGGUAUAUUCAACUGACCCUAGAACAAUACAUGGAUGUAACAUCUUUGUCAUCUGUCGUGCUGCUUCUGCAGCCCGUGUUCCCCGUGCAGUUUCCCCUGCGAGUGGCCAGUGUACAAUCAAGACAACAUUUACUGAUGUGUCCAAAUGAGUCAUGCUGGGAAUGACAAGAUCCUGUAUAUACUUAAAUGCUAUAAAUAAGGAGUAUAAAUAUUUUUAGGCGAGUGAACCUGAAUCUGUGCAUUGUGUGCCUUAUUCACAAAAUGAUCGCGUACAGUAUAUAAUAUUGGCAAUGUCAAUUGGUCCUCUGUAUGUUAUUGUCAUAUGCUAUAUAAACAAUUUUUGCAUCAGCAAUUUGGAAUUCAGCAAGACAUGUGCUGGAAAAUCACUACCUAAUCCAAACUGAAGCGAUGUGGAAGACAAAUUGACAAACAUUCCGCGUGCGAGUGCAAGUCAUACAAAAUGAACAACAACUUAUUGGGAUAUGAAUCAAUUUUUCUCUUUUACUGCCGGUGUUGAAAAGAAUGGUGUUAAUCCACCACAUAGAGGUGCCAUGCGGUGAAUGUAUUUUCUUGACCGUGGGAUGUAGGGUGGUGAGACCUUGCACUGUGGAGCAGUCGGCUCAACACAGCACAUCCUGCCCACAGCCAAUGUAUUAACACAGUGUUCACAUGAGAGCCGCCUGUUGGCAAGGCCUGGCGGUCAUGCAGAAUCUGCAAUUCCCCAAGAUUGCAGUGACAGGAAUUGUUUUCUAUUGGCCAGUAGGGACGACCGAGGGAUCAUUUCUCGUAGCAAGUGGUGGGGUGCAUUAUUUGGGUGAGUUCUGCAAUCCUUUUUCGAGUGUCAGUUGCCUGUUUAGCCCAAAGCCACAUUUUGUUUACAAGUGAUGAUUGUAUGUAAAGACUUUCUGCCUGUCAUCUAACCAGUGUUUGGGCUCUCUUUUUCUACUCAACACAUGCACACUGACAUCACAUGACAUACACUCAAACAUACACUCGCUCAACUGCCUUGUACAUUGCAAUAUGAACUGGGUCUUUCUGUUGCAAUCUAAAUUGAAGCCUUUAUAUUUCAGUCUGAGCUUUGGUGUAUGUGCAGAUGAAACCAGAUUUUGUCAUGUAAUUUUGAUUUUAAAUACUGUGCAACAUGGCAACGUGAGGCCAGCUGUAUAUAUGAUCUCCAGAGUAUUUGAGCGUGUAGAUAUGUUGUAAAGUUGUACUGUGAAUGUGUAAAUAAUAAUGAUGGUCUUUGUUUCAUGA